UGAAACAGUUGAGCUUUUUCGUGCUAGGAUGCCAUUACGGAAACACCGUUGUCGCUUCAAAAGUUAUGAACAUUGCUUCACAGCGGCGGAAGCUGUGGAUUGGCUACAUGAGCUACUGAGAUGCAGUCAAAACUUUGGCCCUGAAGUGACCCGCAAACAAACAGUCCAGCUGUUAAAAAAAUUCCUGAAGAAUCAUGUUAUUGAAGACAUCAAGGGAAAAUGGGGCCAGGAAGAUUUUGAAGACAAUCGUCAUUUGUACAGGUUUCCUCCUUCCUCACCCCUGAAGCCAUAUCCAAAGAAGCCCUCCUACCAAAAGGAUGUUAUUAAGUUUCCAGAAUGGAAUGAUCUCCCCUCAGGCACAUCACAAGAGAACAUCCCAGUAAAGCCAAUUGUUAUGAAUUCUGAGAUGUGGUACAAGCGUCACAGUAUUGCUAUUGGAGAGGUGCCCACCUGCCGUCUCAUCCACCGCAGACAGCUGACAGAGGCCAAUAUAGAAGAGAUAUGGAAGUCUAUGACGUUAUCACAUUUACAGAAAAUCCUUGGCCUGCACUCCUUAGAAGAAGUUUUAGACAGCAAACUUAUCAACUCCAAGUUCAUCAUCCAUAAUGUAUAUAGUGUUAGCAAGCAGGGAGUUGUUAUCCUUGAUGACAAGUCAAAAGAACUUCCUCAUUGGGUACUGUCAGCUAUGAAGUGUUUGGCAAAUUGGCCUAAUUGUUCAGAUUUAAAGCAGCCUAUGUACUCAGGAUUUGAAAAAGAUGUCUUUAAAACUAUAGCUGAUUACUAUGGUCACUUGAAAGAGCCUCUGCUUACAUUUCAUCUUUUUGAUGCUUUUGUCAGCGUGUUAGGUUUGUUACAGAAAGAGAAAAUGGCUGUUGAAGCAUUUCAGAUUUGCUGCCUCCUUUUGCCACCUGAAAAUAGGAGAAAGUUACAACUGUUGAUGAGGAUGAUGGCAAGGAUCUGUUUAAACAAAGAGAUGCCCCCACUGUGUGAUGGCUUUGGGACUCGAACAUUGAUGGUUCAGACGUUUUCCCGGUGCAUCUUGUGUUCCAAGGAUGAAGUAGACUUGGAUGAGUUAUUAGCUGCUAGGUUGGUGACAUUUCUGAUGGACAAUUACCAGGAGAUUCUGAAAGUUCCUGUGGUCUUGCAGACCUCUAUAGAGGAGCGUGUGGCUCACCUACGAAGAGUUCAGAUUAAAUACCCAGGAGCUGAUAUGGAUGUCACUUUAUCUGCCCCAUCAUUUUGCCGUCAAAUUAGUCCAGAGGAAUUUGAAUACCAAAGAGCCUAUGGCUCUCAGGAACCUCUGGCAGCUUUAUUGGAGGAAGUCAUAACAGAUGCCAAACUCUCCAGCAAAGAGAAGAAGAAGAAACUGAAGCAGGUAAAAAAGAUAUCCUGUAUAAGUCAUUUCUUCUCUGCCCUGUUGUUUUAA